CAAAACUAACUUAUGAAUACAGUCAUGAAGAGUUUGUAAAAUACAAAAUAUCAGAGGGGUAAAAUAGAAAUUUGAACAGAAACUGGCUGUUCAGACAUAUGAAAGAUAUGGUGUGUCAGAGUUUCAGAAGCCUUUCCCAUGCUUACUUCCUCUCUAUAUCUCUCCUUAAACAAGAAAAUAAGUAAAAGAAAUAAACCGACUAUAGAAAUUUUUUUAUCCUCUCACUUGAAAAUGCAAGAUAUUCAUGAUUACUCUAUGACCGGAGGCGGAGGAGGAGGAAGCACAGAGAGAUUUUACGGUGGGGGAGGAGGUGGCGAUCGGAGGAUGAGAGCUCAUCAGAACAAUAUUCUUAACCAUCAUCUCAAGUGUCCUCGUUGUAAUUCUCUUAACACAAAGUUUUGUUACUACAACAACUACAAUCUCUCUCAGCCUCGACACUUUUGCAAGAACUGCCGUCGUUACUGGACCAAAGGCGGCGUCCUCCGUAACGUCCCCGUCGGAGGCGGUUGCCGGAAAGCCAAACGUUCCAAGCCUAAGCAGGAUCAGCCUCCGUCCUCCGCCGACAAACCAACGACUCAAGACGUUGAGGAGAAAUCAAGUAGCAGCGAGAGCUCUUCUCUUACCGCCUCUAACUCCACUACCACAGCGGCCGCCGUGAAGGUUGCUUCCUCGGGGUUUAUGGGCACGGAUAUGCCUAAUAGUAUCAAACAGUACGGAAACGGUGUCGUAUGGUCGACGUUUUUCGGACAGGGCUCAUCGGACGGUGGAGUUUUCUCCGAGACCAACGGUUUUGCCGCGGCGGCAACGAUUGAAACGACUCCGUUUGAAUACGGGGGUAGUUCCGUAAAUCAACAGUGUAUAGGUGAUCAUCUAAAGUUUGCAGGUAAUACUGUACAGCAGCAGUUUGGGGAUCGAACGGCUCAGGUAGAUCCUAAUAUGGGAUUUGAACCGUUGGAUUGGGGAAGUGGCGGAGCAGAUGAUCAAACACUCUUUGAUCUAACGAGUACCGUUGAGCAUUCAUACUGGAGUCAAAGUCAAUGGACGUCGUCUUCUGACCACCAAGAUGAUCAGAAUGGUCUGUAUCUUCCUUAAUUCUCACAGCUUAUAUUCUUCUUCUUAACACAAAAUAUACACAUAAGGUAAAGUUUGAUGAAGUUAUUUUUUAUUAUGGGGUUAAAUUCGGGAUUUAAUUAUAUAAAUAUAUGACUUUUUGUGAAUUAUUAAUAAGUAUAAAAUUUACCUCUUGUUUCUUAGUUUGUUGUAAUACCCUAAGAGUGCAAAUUUAUGUGGAAUUAAUGGUUUUAAUUUGGCUUCGGUUAACAUAUCGUUUUAUAUUUGAUCAGAUUUUAAUUUUUUGGGAUUUUUUCUCUCUAAUGAUGUGUCUAGUAAAUUUGUAUGUUGAUUGGUCAUACGAGACAUUGUCUUCUGCUUCUUUGAUUAUUUGUAUACUUUUGUUUAAUUAAAGUGUGAUCACUGAUCAGCUUCAUAGAGUAGAUAUGUUAGCUCUUCCUUAACCUGUGAUAAAUCGUGAAUAAACAAUAUGGAAACUCGAUGUCUUAUGAGAUGUUAUCUUCGAAAACUCAUAAUAUCGAGUUUUAGAGUCGAAUAAAAGCAAGCAACUAACUAUAUGUUCCACAUCACAGCUUACACUAUGUAACUGAAAUACGAAAACUCCAUGAAUUACCUUCGUAGUAUUAAACAUUAAUUCAUUUAUAGUAAACUAUUAAUUAAAAACUGCUCGAAAAAUCUUAGGUUUGGAUAUUUUUUUUCUUCUAUGGCGAAUAGAAAAUUUCGGGAAAAUUGUACGGAAGAACGAGAGAGUCGUGCCGUCGCGUGGUUAAAGCCAAUAAACUACGGUUGAUUGCGCAUGGGACCUACGUGUUAGUGUCCUAAUCUCAUGCGCUACUUGCAUUCCACGUGGCUAGGACCAGGUCCCACUUCACGUGCUUAACGUUGAUGGCUGACGUACUUUAAUCAAUGGUCGGCUUGUCGUUUUCUCCAACUCCCAUUCGUUGCUCGUAGAAGAAAGACUCCAAAGAUCUAGAGUACGGAUCUUCUGUGAUUAAGUUAAAAACACAACGUGGGCCAUUAGAUAAGUGAAAACUCUUAAACGCAUGUAUACGCCGUGUGAUCUGAAUGGUGUCAGCGCAAAUCAAUGGUGAUGAUGAUAAGGGGUCCAUAUUAGGUGGUAUGUAGGGAAACACUUGAGGGAGAGUAGGUCCAAUAAGGCAUGUGCAUAAGUUAAUAGAAUCUCAUACAAAUCACACACAGGAAGGUUUGGUUGGGCGGUUGGGAGAGUUUGAGAUUGUCUGUGUGGUUGGUGUAUGACUCCGUCAUGUUCACUAAUCAUUUUGUUAAUAGUUUCAUGAUGUCUAUUGUAAUUUUCAUCGAUCAACUUGUUUAAAAGAUCUUCGAACCCCGAAUGUUUUUUUUGGACAUUAUAGUCUAAUACUACAAUUUUUUAUCACUA